UGUUCUCUUUGGAUUUUUCACAUUCCAUCAUGUUGUGUUUAUCACAAACCAAGUAUUGUCUAUUUGUACAUCCCAUAACGUUGAAUGAGUCUACUCUAUGUGUUUUAAAAAGAAAGAGAGACACCUGUGACAAAUCUACCGUGUACAUGGGUAGCCAAAGUCCUCGUUCCGUUCAUAACGGUCGUUUUCAUCUUUGGUUAAAGUCAUUAAGAAAUGGACGUAUAUUUUAUCGUUCAAGUGGUUCUUCUGGUGGAUUAAGUGGAACUGGUGGUGGUAGUAGUGGUAGUGGUAGUAGUGGUGGUGGUACAAGUAGUGCUGGAGGUCAAGGAAAAGGUGGUUCUCAUCCUCUUUUGAGUUUCUGGAUGCGUUAUAAUCAACUGUUAGAGUCACGUCCUUUAUUGACUAAAUCACUUACUUCCUUGAUUGGGUUUAUAUUGGGAGAUAUUUUGGCCCAAAAGUUUCUAUCUUCAGAUGGGAUUCUUCACUUGGAUCGUUUAUUAAGAAUGGCUUUGUUUGGUUUUCUUAUUCAUGGACCGACAGGACAUAUCUUUUAUACUCAGUUGGACAAGGCAAUACCCGGUACAGAAGCGUGGAAAGUGGCUUGUAAAGUAGCCAUCGAUCAAGUACUAUGGGCACCUAUUUUUGCCCUUAUUUUCUUUGGGUUCUUAGCAGUACUUGAAAGACAAUCUUUUAAACAAUUCGAGGCAAAGUUGAGACAAGACUGGAAAACAGCAAUAUUUGCAUCUUGGAAAGUUUGGCCAUUGGCACAUGCUAUUAACUUUCGGUUUAUUCCGAGCCAUCAACGUUUACUUUAUAUCAACGCUGUGCAAAUAUUUUACAACGUAUUUCUUUCCAUCAUUGGAAACAAACGCACUCAAAUACCUCGAGUAAGCAAAUAGGUACAAAAAUAUUUGUGAUAGCUAUAUUGGGUGAAUAGUUGUUUUUCAUAAAGUUAGUUGGUUGCCUACGACAUGGGUUGAACACACAAGUCGAGAAAUCUACCGACCAAUUCGGGACACUUGCGAAUUCCAUUCGGUUGACAAACACCGGAUGAAAUAUCUAUACCUGGAGGACUCAACAUAUUUAAAGCGCUUUGAAUAUUAUCCGUACAAAUUCCACCAGCCAAUAUCCAACGUAAAUGUUGAGGUGGUUGAAAGUUAUCCCAAGAAAAUGUUUUCCCAGUACCUCCACCUGGUGAAUCAAAUAGUAUCCAACUUUUUAGUUGCCAUUGUUCCAACAAGUCACUAUCAAAACUACCAUCAUGAUGUACCGAUAGGACAGGAAUACUUUCUAUCCAACCAGGUAAUAUACGCAGAGAUCGUCUGGACCCAUCGCCAUGUAACUGUGCUAUGGAAAUACCUGUUUGUUGACAUAUACUGAUUAUGCUCGAGGCAUCUUGAUAAACGAAUACUCCUACAACUUGAGCAUUACCAAAGUGCCCAACUGUUUCUACAAUUUGGCUUGCAGACUCCAAACUAACGUUGCGCUUCGAAGUGGAACAGAAUAUGACACCCAAUAAGAAGCGUAUAGCAUCAUAAGGUUUCUUUUGCUUUCUUUUUUCUAUUGCUUCACACAC